UAGCAAAUCUUUCCCACUGACGCACUGUCUGUCACGUGAAUUAUAAUGGUGGAGCAGAUCUGGUAGUGGCUAGAAGUUGAAGAAGUUUUGCUUGCUGUCCCGUGUCCUGUUCUGUCCGCGAGUGAACAUCUCGGCCAAGUUUCUCCUGAACAUCUCCUCAGUCAGCUGGGAACCAGAGGGUUGUUUGUGAACGUCACGAAAUUGUUUCGCUGUAGAAGAAAGAUUACUUUCAGUGUUAGCCUCGCUUAACUGCACAAACCAAACGCGAGAUGUCUGAGUAUUGGCUAAUAUCGGCACCGGGUGACAAAACCUGCCAGCAGACCUGGGAAACGAUGAACAAUCUAACCAACAAACAGAACAAUCUUUGUGAGAAUUAUAAGUUCCACAUCCCGGACCUGAAGGUUGGCACGCUAGACCAGCUUGUGGGUCUAUCCGAUGAUUUGGGAAAACUAGAUGCUUAUGUUGAGCAGUCGACACGCAAAAUUGCUGCCUAUCUUGGAGACGUUCUCGAGGACCAGCGCGACAAGCUUUAUGAGAAUUUGCAGGCCAAUAACAGUACUGAGGCACUGGACGAACCCUCACCGGAUGUUCCGGUAGAAGCGGUGCGAGCUCAUGCCUCGCACGAUAACAAUGAUCAUCACCUCGAACAGCGGCAUUCUUGCACUGAAAGCGGCUACAGUAACGGCACAAGUUCUCCCUGUUGUUCUCACGAAACAAACUCGUCGGUUUCUGGUUCCGAUCGUGAUAUCGACUCCUCCUCUGUAUGCGUCUGUUUGACGUCUGACUCGGUGUUCGGUUCCCCUGUGAUGGUUACUGAUUUAAGCAAUCAUAUGCUGUGCAAACAGCUGCAGCAACAACCGCAACAACCCCAACAACAACACCGCCAGCGCACAAAAUCCUCGAGCGGUUCAUCCCUGUUCUGCAGCAGUAGAAAACGUAUCCACAGUAGCAAUUGUAACGUAUUGACACCCGAUCCGGCACUAGAGCAUGACGAUCGUGACAAUCACGAGAACACCUUCGAGUGGUGGUUCCAUAGACGCAAAAGUUCACAGAAAUCCAGGAGCCGCUCGUCUAGCCACAUUUGUGGCGGAACAACCGGAGGAGGGUUACACCGAUCUUCUCCGGUGAGCAGUUGUUGUGGCAGCCAGGGACGCUCCAGUCCGGAUGUUUUGGAACUUGAAAUAUAUGGAGGAGGAUUCAGUGGUACCACAGCCUCGUCUGCGAUUACUACAAAUGCUAGUGCUACACCUGCUGUACCAGUUAGAAAUGGUGGGAUACCCUCACCCUACGAUCCGAUCAGCCCAGAUGACCUGACCACUUACAUAACCCGCUUCCAGUGGGAUCUAGCUAAGUAUCCGACGAAGCAGUCGCUACGGAACAUUGCCGACAUCAUCUCGAAGCAGGUGGGUCAGAUCGACGCCGAUCUCAAGACAAAAUCGGCGGCGUACAACAGCCUCAAGGGUAACUUGCAGAAUUUGGAGAAAAAGCAGACAGGAAGCUUGCUGACCCGUAAUCUGGCCGAUCUGGUGAAGAAGGAACAUUUCAUUCUUGACUCGGAGUAUUUGACCACAUUGCUUGUGAUUGUUCCCAAGCAAAUGGUGAACGAUUGGAAUGCCCAUUACGAGAAGAUUACCGACAUGAUUGUGCCACGUUCGUCGCAGCUCAUCACCCAGGACAUGGAUUAUGCCCUGUGUACGGUUACGCUUUUCAAGAAGGUCGUCGACGAGUUCAAACUGCACGCUCGGGAGCGGAAAUUCGUUGUGCGCGAGUUCACCUACAACGAGGAGGAGCUGGCCGCUGGCAAGAAUGAAAUCACCAAACUGGUGACCGACAAGAAGAAGCAGUUUGGCCCUCUGGUCAGAUGGCUGAAGGUAAACUUUAGCGAGUGCUUCUGUGCGUGGAUUCACGUGAAGGCUCUUCGCGUGUUUGUCGAGUCAGUUUUGCGAUACGGGUUGCCGGUCAACUUCCAGGCUAUUCUCAUACAUCCUAACAAGAAAAAUACGAAACGUCUGAGAGAUGUACUGAACCAGCUGUAUAGUCAUUUAGACGGAUCGGCGGCGUCAUCCGGCGGAAAUGCUGACAAUGUCGACAUUCCUGGACUUGGCUUUGGACAAUCGGAGUACUAUCCAUAUGUGUACUACAAACUAAACGUUGACAUGGUCGAAACCAAGGUCUAAGCAUCCCAUCAGUAAAGUUCGUCAGUGUUAAAGAGCAAGACGAAUGUUUCAAGUUAAAAACGUUUAGUAAUAGAUGAAGGAAUCAUUUCGUCGUCGUCAUUUUCGUCGCCGCGCGGUUGAAUUGUCGUGUGUACCAUAUUGUCUACAGCAUCUUCGGAUAAAAAAAAACACAGCGGAACAUAAAGCGGAGCACAAACAACAAACAUAGGGAGCCCUGGAGGAUAUCCCGCAAGUAUAACCACCAAUCCCAAAUUGAAAGCUGAGUCGCCAGAUUCCCAAUCUUUUUUGACAACUCGAUCCGUCAACCAAAUUUUACUGUUGAUUAUUUUACUUAUAGAAGUUUAGUUAUGUAGUUUUGAAGAGCGUUAGCGUUAUAUUAAUUUGAUUCAGAUUAUUGCCUUGCUUCUGAUUGUUUUAUUUGAAGCGAUCCAAACCGCAGAAAGUGGAAUUGUACGAAAUGUGUCAAUCAAUAUUACGGAGAAAAAACACAGAGAGCAGCAAAAUAUAUAACGGUGACAUACGUUAAACAUGGGGUAGAGAUGGAUUUUGUCACGUUCCUUGUUGGUUGAAGGAUGAACACUUCAUUCGCUUGUUAAACAUGUUGAUCCCAUUAUCGAAUGAUGGAUGCAGCAAACUCUUUUGCUAUAUAAUUCAUGUUCCGUGAUAUUAUUUCCUCAUGAAUCAAAGCAAAUGAAAUAGAAAUGUUUUAAAGAGUAGAAACAGAUUUCUGGAUUUCCCGUUGUAUUGAAACGGGUUCAAAACACGACCAGUGCCGAACCAUACAAUAAUAUAAAUAGUAAAUGGUGUAUGUGUGUAUAUAUAUUUCCAACCAUAUUAUCCUAAAGGUUCAUCGAAUCGGAGUUCUGCUGCAAAUCAAAUUCUAACAAGUUAAUUGUGUAAAUAAAAAAAAACAGACCAUUCCAGAA